AUGAUUCUGCAAGAUGAGCUUUCGACGUUCAUUCCGACUGGAAACUGCGAUGGUUUACGGUUGGUGCGCUUGGACAUGCCGAGCGCUGUGAUUCGCGGUGACCCUGUUUGGCUGAACUGCUCGUUCGACCUCGAGUCGGACGAGUUGUACUCCGUGAAGUGGUACAAAAACAAUAGGGAGUUCUUCCGGUACCUGCCCAACGAAAACCCUCCCGGACAGUCGUACAGGUUGUCGGGAGUUCAUGUCGACGUAAAGCGCAGUUCUGUCGGUAGCCUCUACCUGAAGGAGACAGACCUCAAGUCGGAGGGCCUGUACGCGUGUGAAGUGUCGGCCGACGCCCCUUCUUUCCAGACUAUUCGCUCGGAAAAGGAACUGAAGAUCUACGUUUUGCCAAAAAAGGGCCCCGAAAUUCGUGGCACGAAACCACACUACCGGUUCGGGGAUGCUGUAAAUGUUACCUGCCAAGCUGGUGCGUCGAAGCCGCCAGCUGUACUGGUAUGGUACAUCAACGGUGAACAGGUUCCACCAUCUUUCGAGAAAUUUCAUCCCAUUCUCUGCGACGAAGACCAGCUGUACCAUUCGUCCUUGGGGAUGACCUUCACGGCCGAACCACGCCACUUCACCUACGGCAUCAUGAAACUGAAAUGUACGGCCACUGUGUCCGAGGCAUACUCGUUAUCUAGCGAAGAGAUCGUCGCUGCGCAGGACGCUAAAAGCACGCGCUCCGAGGAUGACAAGCCCUCGAUCACGGGAGGCCAGACGAGCUACCACGUUGGCGACUUGGUGAACGUGACCUGCAGCUACUCUCGAUACGGACGACCCAUAGAACUGCAAUGGCAUCUCAAUGACAAAGAGGUGUCGAACCGGUACCUGGUUCACUACCCGAUCCAGCGUCACGAAUCCGGUCGUCAGGUGACGUCGCGGGGACUGCGCUUCACGGUGCGUCCGAGCCACUUCGUGCACGACGAGAUGCGCAUCAAGUGCAUGGCUGUGCUGCCCGGAGCCGGCAGGGGCUCGUCCGCCUCGACGUCCACGUCGUCGGCCGCCGGUGGCGCGAGCGGCGAUUCGUACUCCGAAAGGGAGUUCGUUCUCGGAAGCAGCCAUCGUUCGUCGGGGCUCCACGGGCCUGGACACUAUGGCGCCGGUGAACUGCUCAGUUGA